CUGCUGUCGGUUCAGUUCAGUUUAGUUAAGUUCUUCGCCGCGGAUGUUAUAGCACAUAGCGUAUACGCCUCGUUAUUUCACCGCCCCCUUUAGCCCCGAGCUUCACUCUUCGCGUGACUCGGCUCUUGCUCUCUGUUCUUGCCCUCGGCUGCUGCUGCUGCCAGCCUGCCUGCUUGCCUGCUGCUGCGGUGGCUGUUUCUGUUGCUGCUGCUGCUGCGACGGGUUUGAUUUUUGUCGUUUUUGACCGCCGACGACGCUCUGCAUCUGCGUUCGUGCGCUUUUCGAAAGCUCAAAAUAGUUACAAGAUGUUCAUCGAAGUGAGUAGAACGCCGCAGCGGGUACUUGAUCAGCUUCUUUUCACACGCUCACGCCAGCGGGAAUCGCAUUGAAUCGCAUUGAAUCGCAAUCGCACUCGCAUUCGCACUCGCCAAUACCGACGCCGUCUCCGAAAUCGAAGCACAAAAAGAUAUUCAACUGAAAUGUAAAAUAUUCCAAACAGAACUUCGCAACAUCAUAAUCAAAAUAAAAUCAUCAAAAAAUUAAACAAAUUUUUUGUUUAAAAAAAAAAUAAUCUAAAAGCAAAAUACCAAAACCUACUCUCAGUGAAACAAGAAGUGCAUGUGGAGCCAUUGUUAUUUUUAAAUUGCUGACCGCAGAAUAUUUUCACUUUUAAAAAUAGACAGACCGACAGAACAUGCCGCCGAGUUUUCCGAAACAGAAAUAAACCGAAAACCCAAAGGGUAAAAACUCAAAAGUGCCAAAAAAACAACAAAAAAAAAAAGGAGAAUUCCUAUUUGAAUGUAUACAAAGUUUAUAAAAAAAAGUGCGUGCUCCAAAAAUAUCCAAACAAAACCUCAACAAAAAGUGGCAAAAACAGUAUUUUUUGCUUCUUAAAUUUUACAAAAAUAAAAAAACUACUGCAUUUUGUUAAACACACAAAUUUAACCCAGAAACCGAGGAAAGCCAAUCCAAUCCAGUGUCAAAGUGUAAAGUGCAAGAAAACAAACAAAAGUUGAAGCCAAAAAAAAAAAACAAACAAACAGAUAAACGAGACAGAGGAAUAAUCUACUCAAAUAUUGUGCAUUUCGUAAAGAGUUUCGCUUUUUUGGAAUAUAAUACAAACAGAGAGCGCUGUGACACAUACGGAGAAUAAAUCCAUUAGUUUCGCAUUAAAGUGUUCAAAUAAAUAAGGUCUUCGAUUCUUGGUGGACUUUGCAUUUUCGAUUUUUCUGCAACAGCACUUUGGAUAUCCGUGCCAGGGGAAUUGUACUCGAACAUCGAUCCAGAAUCGAUCCAACUUGAAAAUAAUUCCACAAAGUUGACAUGUUUGAUGCCAGCAACGUAUGCUCCACUUUACAAACCGCUAAUUUCUAGCCAGGCGCUUCGGGGACAACAGCGGCAGGAGUAGAGGCUGCCACCAGAAGCACCCGGAAACAUGGAUCUGCCGUCGAUGGUGCAGCGAUCGGGUGACACGCUCAUCGUGCGCAGCGUGGUCAGUGGCAAUCAGCUGUAUGCCGAGCAGGGCGGUCCCCACCAUCCGGAGACCAGCAACAGCAACAACAAUGGCAGCACUGCCAAGUCGAACACCAUCACCAGCACAGCAACCACAUUGGCGGGAUCGACGCUUCUAGAGCGCUUCCGCUUGCAGCAGCUUCUGCAGCAACAGCAACAGGCCGCAGCAGCUGCCGCAGUGGUGAACAGCGUGCAACAACAGCAACAACAACAGCAGCAGCAACAGCACCAGGCCACCAUCGGUUUGGAUGCCAAGGAGGAGGGACUGCCGCAGUGCAAGAUCAAGCGGAACUAUAGCUGCAAUCACUGCGCCUACUUCACCCAGAACCCACGCUAUCACUUGACGCACCUGCGCGACGUGCACGGCGAGAAGAUCGUGAUCAACAAGUGCAAGCUGUGCCUGUAUGCGUCGCGGCACUUCCAGAAGCUGGUGCGCCACAUGAAGAUGGUGCACGGCUGCACCGACGGCAUACCCAGUGGCCAUGGCCAGGCCCGCGGCAAAAGGGGGAUGAGUCGGGAGGCCCGAAAGCGCCGGCUUGAGGAGAGUGUGGGUGUGAUGGGCGGGCAGUCGCCCACGGUAACGGUGCCGGAUGUACCCACACUGGAGCAGGUGAAGCGGGAGCUGCAGCGGCAGGAGGAGAAACUCCAGCGUGACAUCGAGGCCUACAAGCAGCGCCAGCGCGAAGAGGAGCAGCAGCAACGGGAACUGGAGCUGGCCAGCAGUGCGUAUGAGCGACAGAUGCAGGUGAUGCGCGAAUUCGAGCGACAGUCGCCCGCCGAACCACCAACCCCUUCGCCAACCAGCGGCUCAGCCACGCCGCCCUCGAACGGGGAGGAGCCACAAAACCGGCUGCUUAAGUGCAGCGCCUGCGAGUUCACCACCCUGUACCGCACCCAGCUGCGCGCCCACGAGCUGGCCGAGCACGGCAAGACCAAGUUCUUCCGCUGCGACAAGUGCAGCUAUGUGACCCACAUCAAAGCCCGGUUCAGCAAGCACGUCAAGUAUCACUCCAUGCCGAUGAUCAAGUGUGUGACCUGCGACUUCCGCACCCCCUACAAGUGGAAUCUCGAUCGGCACAUGAAGAAUCAUGGCGGUGCCGGUGCUUUCAAAUGCGCCGCCUGCGACUUCACCGCCGACAUCAAGCAAUCGUUGACGGUGCACGAGAUGAACCACCAUGUCCCGCCGGUUGGCAAUGCCGGGUCCAUUUGGCCCAGGAGACAAAACAAAGUGGGUGCCAGCGAGAUGUGUGAUGAUUUCCUAAGCGACUCCGCUGAGCUGGAAGAUCAGUAUAACAACAACAACGUUGAUGACGAUCUAGAUGGCGGCGAGGAUCCCGAGGAGGCCAUGAGCGGUGGCGAGGACCAGCAUUUACAUCACUACGGCAAGCGGAGCAAGUACGACGACGAGGAGGAGCCCACGGACCUUUCCCAAAAAGGUGGUUGCUCUUCGGACACCUCCAGUGUGGGCACCGCAACGCCGCGUGCCCAGCGCCCUAUGCCCAAUCUCAUUCCGAUAAAUAAAGGACCCAAGGACGUCCUGAACCUCUCAAAGGAGACCAAUGCUUCGCGCAGCUCACUGACCGAAAUCGCAUCGAUGUUCUUCAACGAAAAGCAAAUCUCAGAAAUGCUGGACAAGUCGGAUGUCCCCCAGCUAUCACCCGCCACAACAGUGGCCUCCCAGAGCUCCAGUCGCAGUCUCCUGACCAAGAAGUCCAGCUCCAGCUUCCUGGACAAGCUAAGGACGGGGGCGCAGCACGAGAAUCUGGUGUGCCAGUGCGGUCAUGUGGCCAAAUGCCUCUCGGAGUCGAUCAUCCAUGGAAAGAGCUGCCACGCCUCGGCGGUAAUCAUCGAUGACGAUGAUGCUGCCCUGCACGAGGACGAUGCCGACGAUCGUCUGGAGAUCGACGAGGACGAUGAGGACCACCACUCGCACUCCGCUUUGAAUCUCAGCGUGACGGGCUCAACGCGCUGCCAGCAUUGCCGCCACCGCUGCAAGUCGUCCACGGAUCUACUCCACCACCUGACGCAGUGCAUUGAGGCGAUCCGCUGUGCCAAUGAGAUGUACGAUUCAAAUUCGGGAGAGAGCGCCGACCGGCGACCAGAUCCCCAUGCACUCCAGCAGCAGGCCGCCGUUCAGCAGCAGCGCGUCUGCAUUUGGAACAAGACAGCUAAGGAGAUAGCCGCCGCCACAGCGGCCGCUGCAGUGCAGCAGGAGGCCAGUGGUCAGAGCCUGGUCAAGUCCCCGGCGGGAAGCCAGGCCACCAGCAACGAGGAGAACAGCUAUUACGGCGUGGAGACGGCGCCCGGCUACGGCGAGGUAACCAAAAAGAUGACGCCCGAAGAGGAGGCCGCCAACUCCUCGCUGAAGAAGGUGUACAAGUGUCCGCACUGCAGCUUCUGGGCCUCCACGGCCUCCCGUUUCCAUGUCCACAUCGUCGGUCAUCUGAACAAGAAGCCGUUUGAGUGCUCCCUCUGCUCGUACCGCUCCAAUUGGCGCUGGGACAUCACCAAGCACAUCCGCUUGAAGACCAUCCGUGAUCCCUCGCACAAAACCGCCAAAGUUCUGAUGAACGACGAGACAGGACGCCGUAACUACACCAAGUACAACAAGUACAUCACCUUGAUGAAGGUCACCGAAGAGGAUGGCGAUCCCAAGCUGAUGAAAUCCGGUGAGAUGACCCCGAACCAGGUGGCCUCGCUGGCCUUCCUAAAGGACUACGCAAAAGUGGGGGCCGUUCCCAGUCAGGACAUAACAUUUGAGCCGGUGCUGCCGAGCAAGCCGAGUGCCUUGGACGACGCCCAUCUGACCGACAACCUGAUACGCAUCCCCCUGCUGGCCACCAUGAUGAACGCGGCCAUGGCCCAGCAACAGCACCAACAGCAGCAGCAGCAGAAGGACCACCAGUCUGCCAUGAUUACUCCUUCGGUGACCAUAUCACCAGUGAAACGGCAGGGACCAAGUCUCCCGAUGAGCGGAAAACCCAGCGACGAUCUCAUUACCGAGGUGCACCAGGAGGGCAAUGAAAAGAAGACCGUCUACCGCUGUCGCAAAUGCAACUUCGGCCACCAAAAUCGUGAUGCUGUGCUGGCUCACGUGAAGAUCCAUUACCAAGAUACCAGCUAUCCAAAGUCGAGCCCCCUGGCCAGUACCUCGCCGCUGCAGGUUUCCGUUGGUGGAAAUCAACAAUUUCUAAUUAACAAGGUAUUUGCCGCCUUGUGUCUCACACAGCCGCAAUCGCCAAAUUCCAGUUCCGCCGGCACUAGUCCGGUCGGAAUCUCUGCUGGACUGCUUCAGCGGGCCAUACAGGAGGCCCAACACUCACCCACGCCCAACUCCAGCGCUCUGAGCGGCCUUGCCUUGGCGUUGGCGGGCGGAAAACAUCCGCCGGGUGCCAAUUCCAAUACGACGAAAGCCAGUGCCGCCUCCAUUUUAGAGCACGGUGAGCAGAAAGCGAGUCAAAACGAGGCAAGUGCCGACAGUCUGACGUCGCCGAACACCACCACCACCGCCACCAAUACUUCCGUCACUACCACUACCAAAGCUAUCAUAACUAGCACCACCAAAGACACCGCUAGAUCGCUGCAGGAUCUGCUCACAUCACCACGCAGCGCUAGAAAUGGAACUCAUCAUACCUCUUAUGCUAACAGUAACUUGGUUUCGGUUGUGGGAAACGGAUUCCGGCCGGACGCUUCCGUCUACGUCGCCUCAUCUACCAACAACAACAACAACAACACCACACCACCACCACCACCACCAACUACCACCUCCACAACCAAGAUCAAUGCAUCGCCUUUGCCAGUAACUACCACUCCUACUCCUAUUUCUACUGCCACACCAGCUCAGCUUUCCAAGUCACUGGGUGCGGGUAAUCACCACCAUCACAAAUCAUCCACUUCAUCCAACCAUAAAGACUCCUAUCAUUUGCACAUUGCCGGUGAUGGCUACCACCUGGCAGCGGGAUUAAUCCACAGCCCACACUCCACACCCACUAACCCAAAGGAUAAAUCCAACUCCCAAACGUUUCCCUCGUCAUCCUCUUCCUCGUCGUCGUCUUCGUCUUCGUCGUCGUCAGCAUCAUCGAUAGCGUCCAAUUCAUCGGCUGCCGGUUCUGCAUCCGCAUCAUCCUGUUCUGCAUCGUCGCCACCACCACCGCCAGCUAAUCCGCCACAGCAACAGCAGGUGCCUGGUCAAAUGCCGCCGACGAGAUUCCAUAGCCAUAGUCCAUAUAGUCCGGUUUCGGGUGCUGGCACCGGAGUGGCUGGCGCCAGCAUCCUGACCAUGACCGAGGGCGAGCGCCGCGACCCGUCGCCUUACCGAUGCGGCCACUGCCACCAGGUCUCGAAUUGGAAGCAUGUCAUCCAGCGGCAUUGUCGCUUAAAGCAUUCCGGGGAUAUUCGGAUCGAGACCCUUGAGCGCGGGGCCAGUGCCGCAGCGAAUGCACCACCCGUCUACCGACCCCUGGGGGCAGGUGCCAGCAACGAAUCCCAGACCCACAUCCCCUCUAGUCCCAAUCUGAAAGCCGGAGGCAUCAACAACGCCACCACUAAUCCCAAUGCCCAACUCCUGAUGACCAACAAGCAGCUGGAACAGCUCCUUCACUCACCGCUCUCCGCCAGUGCUGCUGCGGUGGUGAAUGCCGCGAAUACCCAGCAGGAUCUUCAAGCGGCGGCCGCCUACUGGGCAGCCGCUUGCAAGGCAAUGGUCACCAACGGCAGUGCCGAGGAGCUACUGCAGCUGCAGCAGAACGACCAGAUCGAGAUCACUCGGUUGCCCUCGGACCAUACCGCCGUAAACACCAACAACAGCAACACCAAGAGCAAGCAGCAAAAGUGCCCGGUGUGUCCUUACAUCUCCGAGAGCAAGUCCCAGAUGAACUACCACGUAUCCCUGCACAAGCCCACCCAGUACGAGUGCAGACUGUGCACCUUCGUCUGCGCCAAGAAGCAGCACCUGAGCAGUCACAUGCGCAGCGUCCACCCGCAGCAAAUGGUCUCUGGAACAGCCGGCGCUGGAGCUGGAGCUAUUACUGGUGCAUCUGUCGGUACAUCUGGAGCUGCUCCUUCUGGUCUCGAAUUCAGUGUGGCCCUGCAGUUGGCCGCUGCAGCCAAGCAAGCCCAGCACCAGCCUGCUUCCACGCCGCUUUCAAUUGAUCUUUCCCAGCUGCAACUAGACGCUGCAUCGGAUGCGGAGCUGAAUCCACAGCAACUACCACCAGAAUAUCAGUACAAGCUGAUCAGUUACUGUCCGCGAUGCCCAGCUCGCUUCGCCCAGAAACACAACGACGAACGUAAUGCCAAGCUGGAGCUGGAGCAGCAUCUUCUAGCUCAUAGCUGCUCCACUGCGGACUCGGAUGCAGAGGACCAGAGCUAUGUGUGCACUUACUGCGAAUAUCGCACAACGGAGGAGACCUUGCUGCAGCUCCACAGGGCGGUGCACAUGUCCCACUACCAGGAGAAGUGCCAGCAGUUAUAUAAGAACUGCAAGGAGGAUGUAGCGUAUCCAGCGCCCAAGUUGCUUCAGUUAACAGGUCCGGAAACCAUUUGGGUGGUGGACAAUGAACUCAGCUUGCAGCUUCUUCUGCAGUCCAACGACGGUGGAGCAGUUACCUCGUCCACCGGUGGCUUCGACAACCAAAAUUCGCUACUUAAGAAGCAACUGGAAUCUGGAUGUGGUGGUGGUCAGGUGGCUUCCCUUCCGAAAGCCCCCGAGGAAGCCCCCGAUGAGGACGAGGAGCGGCACAGUACCUCUACCCCUUCAACCAGUGCAUCUGUGGCCACUAGUGACCUGGCAGCUGAUGCCAGUAGCGAUGCCGGCUCCAUCGAUGUACCGCAAUCAACACCGACUCCGGAACGCUGCCUCCACUGUCCAUUUGAAACGUUGAUCCACGGGGAACUGCAGCAGCACCUGCAGAAGCAUGCCUGCGUGAAUCUUCCGCCUCAGAACUAUCACCAGUGUGCCCACUGUGAUUACAAUGCAAAGGAUGAGUCCGAAAUCGAGGAACACACCCCAGUCCAUUUUAAUGCGAGCGAGAAGCUAAAGUCCGUUGAGUUCUUCACCUGCUAUGACCAGUUGGAGAUAAGUGUGGAGCAGGAGCCGGAGGGAGAUGAGGUGAAACAGCAGACCGAGGAUAACAACAACCAGGACAACGUCAUUAACGCUAAUGUCCAGCAGGAGAACGAGAAUCCAGUAGAGGCAGAGGAAGAAGACGAAGCGUUGGAGGAACCAAAAGCCAAGAAGCCAAGCACCAAGCUGAUCCUCUACAAGAACGACGGCAGCUUGAGUGUGAAGCCAUCCCAUGAGACGGCCGGGAGCUCUUUGGUGGACCAGCAGAAGAGCGAGAACAUCAGUGAUCGCCUGCGCCGCAGAAUCUUGCGAGGAACCUCCACCAAUCAGCCGGAGGACUCGCCCACCCAGGAGCGUCCAACUACACCGGAAAAAAUGAUAUUGGUUAACGCCAAGACGGGCAAAGUCAUUUCCAGAAAGUAGCCCCUUUUUUAACUUUAAUCAUACAGCAUCUAAGUUUAUUUUAUAUUUGAAACAUUUCUUGGUUUUGUUAAUAUUUUGUUGUUGCCGUGUUAUUUUAUAUAUUUUUUUUUCCUGUUAGUGGAGAUAGGCAUUUGAUUCGUUAUAGGCACCUUUUUGGGGUUUCUUUUUCUCUAACACAUCCGACCACAAAACACACAAACACACCUAGUUGGAACAAGUUCCUGCACCUAUAUGUAACUUGUUUAAGUCCUAAGUUAUUCUUACUUAUUCAUAAUUUAUCAAUAACCGGAUAUUCGAAUACUUUUGUAUAUGGUGGGGAUAUUAUCUGCUAGAAUGCGGCAAAUUUUAAUUUAAAUUAAUUUAAUUGUAAACUAUCCAAGAGGAAACUGUAAUCAAAGAAAUUUCAAAACUAUAUUUAAUGUCGUUUAAAAAAGAGCAAGAUCCAAAAGCGUUUCAAAGAAAUCAAUUUUGUAUAAAAAAAGGAAGACAAAACUGUUAAAAACUAAAAUUCAAAAUUAAGUCUUGCUUCAAUUUAUUUGAUUCAUUUUUGUCUGAAUGGGAACUGUGAUUAUUGAUAAUUAUAAAUGAAACAAAACAAAAAAAAAAGAAAAAAUGAAGCGCAUAUAU